ACAGUGUGCAUCGAUAAACCUGAGCACAAUGCACAAGAAUGCCCGAUAAUAUAUAUUAUUAUUGCGCGGGCGCGGGUCAAUAAUCGAGCACGUUGCCUGGCGACGGUGCUCCUGCUCUCUCUCAGCCUCCGGAAUUUCUUCUUCAGUGACUAGUCCUGCAGCUGCGACGCGCAGAAGUCCAGCAACCUUCGAUACAUCGUCAUCGGACCGGUUUCAUCUACUCUGGCUUAAACACGCUGCUCCUCGUUUCAGUCUCUUUUCUGUUCAGAUUCAAAGUUUGAAGUUAAAGUUCAGCAAACUUCAUUGCGUUUCGACUCGCCUCGAUGGAAUUUUGCGGAUCAAUCCUUUAAUAUUUUUUAUCGAUUGAUUGUUCAAUAGUUAUGUGGAGGAAAAGCAGACAAUUAGCAACUUCCCUACCCUGUUCAGAAACUGAAAGUGAAUGUAAGAAAGAUGGUAAACAGAAACUCUCAGCACGUACGAUUGAAGAUAAGUUCGAAAGACUAUGUGGAUUCAAAUUGAACGAUCUUUCGUCUUUUGAAAAAUUCACAGCGCUUUUGUAUCGACCAACUGAUCCAGCUAGUUUAGGAGUUGUCAGAGCACUGUUUGGACUAUGCAUGGUAUUGGACGUGGUAGAAGAACGUGGAUUAGCAGAUAUAGACAUAAAAUGGGGAGAUCCUAUGGAGUGUCAUUUCCCAUUAAUUCACGGAAUGAAAGCUCCCUCACUGCCAUGGAUGAUAUUAAUUUAUGCGAUAAUGUGGAUUGGUGCUUUUGGAAUUAUGCUGGGUUCGCGGUUCAAAAUAGCUUGUGCCUGUUUCGUGAUUCCAUAUUGGUACAUCUUCCUCUUGGAUAAAAGCUACUGGAACAAUCACACGUAUCUUUAUGGGAUCGUUGCUAUUCUCUUCUGGGGUACGGAGGCUAACAAGUACUUUGCAUUGGAUGCUACUAAAAUGAAAGUUACCGAAAAAACUGCACCAUUAUGGAACUAUUUCAUUCUAAAAUUUCAAUUUUUUGCACUAUAUUUCUUAGCUGGAUUGAAAAAAUCUGGCGCAGAAUGGCUAUCGGGUUACGCCAUGACGAAUUUAUCGCAGCAUUGGGUCUUCAGUCCGUUCAAAUUAUUUUUGACCACCAAGCAAACUGAUUUUUUCAUAGUUCACUGGUUUGGAUUUAUCUUUGACCUCACGGUUGGAUUUUGGAUGCUGUUCGAUAAAACUCGAAUUCCUGCAAUGAUCUUUUGUACAGCCUUCCACUUAAUGAACUCUCGAUUAUUCAGCAUCGGAAUGUUUCCAUUAGUGUGUCUUGCAACGAUGCCUCUGUUUUGCAAUCCAAAUUGGCCUCGAAGGCUCGGAACUUUCAUCAAACGUAAUUAUGCUCGUUCAUUUUCUAAGAAAAGUCAACAGAUAAGAAACUAUAAGAAAAUUGCGAUGGAGCGAAUAAAAGAAUCGUACGAUGAAAUAAAUGAUGAAACUGGCAACGGAUCAUCGAUCGAUGAUGGAAACCAAGAAGGUACAAACUCGAUAAGCUCUACAAUUACUCGUAAACAUAUCAAAGGAAUCAGCAGCAAAUCGACUAGAGUGACGAAGAAGCAAAAGUUCGUAGUUUCUCUAUUACUAUUCCAUGUAUUCUUGCAGUUUUUCUUACCAUACUCUCAUUUUAUCACGAAGGGUUACAAUAACUGGGUACCAGGAAUGUAUGGAUAUUCUUGGGACAUGAUGGUACACGUUUGGGAUACUGUGCUAGUCGUAAUUAAGAUUCACGAUAACGUCAGUAACGAGGAUCGUUAUUUGGAUCCUAAAGCAUGGGUGCAAACCAAUCGAUGGGAGAAACACGGCGAUAUGGUCAUACAAUACGCUUCCUGUUUAAGAGAUAAUUUAAUUAAACAAGAAGAUCAGCUUUUCGAGAGUGACUUCCAACGCGACAGAAAACCGAAAUGGUCGCGACUGUCAUCGAAUUUAAGCAUCUACAUCGACGUGUGGUGUUCGCUAAACGGAAGAUUCCAACAGAGGAUGUUUGAUCCAAAUGUUGAUAUGCUAACAGUAGAUUGGCACCCGUUUCAGCCUGUUUCUUUCUUAAUGCCCCUUCUUUCGCAAUAUAGUUCGUACAGAUACAAGUUGGAAGAAAUUCAGCAACACGUUUACACUUGGUCCAACGAUACCGAUGUUCUUUUCGUCGCUGAUUUCCCAGGCAUGUAUCUAGACAAUUAUAUCUCUAAGAACUUCACCAACGUCACACUGACUGUCCUCGAAGGUGAAAUAACAUAUAGCGAUGAGGAACAGAGAUAUAUCGUGGUCUCGAAAGGAUCAUCGAUUCAAAUACAAACAGGCCAAUUUCAUAAAGUAACGACAACGAGCGCUUAUCCAGCUUGCUACAUGUACACCUGUACUAAUCGAAAUAAAGAGGAACCAGAAACGGAUGGUAUAAUGGAGCUCGAAGAACCAAGAGAAGGCUUCCCAAUCGCGAGAGAAAUUAGAUACAAAGUCGAUGCCUGGAUAAGAGCAUUGUAUCAUAUAGCAAACUCAUUUUUCCAUUUAGUGUACAACGUUCCCAUGGUGCGACGAGUACAAGUCAAUGAAUAAUAUAAAUAUUUGCAAUUCAAAGUCGUCUGAAUACAGUACGAAAUUAAUCGAAUGUUGAUUUUCAUUUCUAAGCGGCUAAUUUUUAGAAAUAGACCAAGACUGAUGAACAGUUUAUUGUUUUACUUGACUUGAGAUAAAAUUGUGAUAUCGAUUCUCAGUAGAUAGCGUUAUUUCAAUUCAGGAGAUAAAGUAGAUAUAAAUGUCCAAAGAGAAUUUAUUAUUGACUAUCAGUUAUUAUAAAAAUAAGUGGACAAGUGGAGACAUGUAUCAAUGAAGUUUCGUUAAAUGCAACUUGUUUACAUCAGAAUGUUAUUAUUAUUUUCAAUUAUCUACUAAAUAACCUAUGUGUCCUGUAAGGAUAUAAAAUAAAUAAAAUUCAAGCAUAUAAUAAUUAAGCUUCAUUGGCAUUUACUCCCAGUCUACCCGUCCAUUUAUUUCUGUCUCUGCGACUGUAUGUAAUAUAUAAAUAAUGGAAGAAUCAAAAGUGCACGGGGGAAGAUGAUCGUGAUUGAAACCGUAUUUUCGUAUUUUUUCGGAUUAACUUUUCCGCUUUUGUUUGGAAGUUAACGGCGAAUAAUUGCCACCGUGGCGAGUUUUAGAGCUAAGAGCGUCUAUUAUUAGUUCCUAAUAAAAAGAUAAUCGACGAAGUAGAAGACGUCGUAAUCGUAA